AUGAAUUUUGCAACAUGGAACGUGAGAGGAGUGAAUAAGAAGGAGGUGGAGCUGAUGCAAGAGUUGAAACAGCAUAAGAUACACCUGGCUGUGAUAACGGAGACUAAGAAGAAGCUGAAGGGAACAAAAGAUUGGGGAGAGUUCAUUGAAAUUUGGAGUGGAGUAGACCAAAAUAGGAGAGCUAGCGCUGGAGUGAUGGUCUUGGUUGAUCAGAGAUGGAAAAAUAGAAUAGAGAGUUACUCCUUUCUUAGUGAAAGAAUAAUAAGGGUCCGAUUCAAGAUGGACAGAGGUUACUUGACUUUAUUUGGCACAUAUGCUCCUGAAGAAGGAAAAAAAGAGGCUACGAUAGAAUUCUAUGAAGAAUUACAGAAACAGUUGACCGCAUGCAACAAAGCAGACUAUGUGAUUGUAGCUGGAGAUUUGAAUGCUCGAGUAGGAAACCAGCCGAUUCCACAGGUGGUAGGAACAUUUGGGGAAUAUCACCUGAAUGAGAAUGGUAGACAGUUGCGAGACUUUUGCACAUACAAUGAGCUGAAGAUCACAAAUACAUUCUUUAGAAAAAAAGACAUACACAAAUAUACCUGGACAGGGAGAGGAUACAGAUCUCUGAUUGACUAUGUGAUUGUGAACAAGAAACUGUCCGGACAGGUUCAGGAUACCAGAGUUUAUAGAGGUAGUGAUGUAGCCAGUGACCAUUUCCUCGUGGUUUCCAAAAUUAAUUUGUGGACAAGAUGGAGGAAAGCGAGUAAACCUCAAAACAAAGCGGAUAACAACGUAUUCAAAGUGUAUCUUUUGCAAACCGAGAGUAUAAGAACUUUAUAUCAGACAAGACUAACACAAAGGCUCUCUACAAGACCGACAGCAGCAACAAUUGAAGGCGAAUGGAAAAAUAUCAAAGACACUAUCAAAGAAGUAGCCCAUGAAAUACUUGGCACGAAAAAAAUUGUUAAAAGACGAAAAGGUUUGAAAAUUUGGAACGACGAGAUUUCUCAAGCUAUUGCAGACAAGAAAAAAGCAUACAAGGAACUCCUUCAGUCACCAACAGACCACACAAAAGAAAAUUAUCGGCUCAAACGUAAUAUAGCGAAAACAACUGUUAGGAAAGCACAUGAAGAUUCAUGGGACAGAUACAUCUCAGGAAUAGAAGAUGACCUUCAUGGCAGGCAGGAAGUUGCUUACAAAUGGAUGAGACACCUUAAUAGUACGGUCAAAGAAAUGGCUGAGAUAAAAAAUGUGAGCAAACAUGAAUGGAUUGAACACUACAAAGAACUGUGGUAUGACCAAGAUUUGCCAGUCAUGGAAAGUAUUGACCAGCGGAUGGAUCCAAUAGGGGGACGGCAAGGUGAGGGUGGCCGGAUGGUGACGACGACGUGA